GUAGACAAAGCAGCGCUGUGAAAAGCGCAGCGGGCAGCCCAGCCCCUUCAUUGUGACAGCCAGAGAGUAAAGGUGUCGCAGUAAGCUUCUUCUGUUUGUCUAAGUGUCUUCUGGUACCAUGGCGCGGGUAGAGACAACCUCCAGUAGGCCGUACCAUCUGGUCAUCUUCGGAGCGUCUGGCUUCACCGGGCAGUUUGUGGUGGAGGAGGUAGCCCGGACUGCGUCCGAGGGACCCAAGGGGAAUCUGAAGUGGGCCGUGGCUGGCAGGAGCAAGCAGAAACUGGAAAAAGUUCUGGAGCAGGCCGCUGGAGUCCUCGGUAAGCCUGAGCUCCAGACAGAGGUGGACGUGAUCCUGGCAGACGUAGGCGAACCCGACUCCCUCGCAGCCAUGUGCAAGAAGGCCGUGAUCGUUUUGAACUGUGUCGGCCCGUACCGGUUCUUUGGCGAGGCCGUGGUCAGAGCCUGCGUGGAGAACGGCGCGCACCACAUCGACAUCUCUGGAGAGCCGCAGUUUUUGGAGGGCAUGCAGCUGAACUACAACAGCCAGGCGGCAGAGACAGGCGUCUUCGUCAUUGGAAGCUGUGGGUUUGACUCCAUUCCUGCAGACAUGGGAGUCAUCUACACACGAGAUCAGUUCAGGGGCACCCUGACUGCUUUGGAGAGCUUUCUGACUAUCAGCACGGGACCUGAGGGUGGGGGCCUCCAUGAGGGGACCUGGCAGUCGGCCAUCUAUGGCUUAGCCGACAGGCCGAACCUCAAGAGUCUAAGAAGGAAGUUUAACUGGAAACCUCUCCCCAUUGUUGGCUCCAAGCUGCGGCACAGGGGAGCGCUGUUCCACAGUAAUGAGAUCCAGCAGUACGCGAUUCCCUUCAUGGGUUCUGAUCCGGCCGUGGUGAAAAGAACCCAGCGCUUCCUGGCAGAGGAACAUCAAGACACGCCGGUCCAGUAUGGAGCGUAUGCUGGAGUUGGAGGUAUUGGCAGCGUCAUCAAGCUGAUGUUUGCUGGCAUGAUGUUCUGGUUGUUGGUCAAGUGCGCUUGUGGACGCAACCUGCUCUUGAAGUAUCCAGAGUUUUUCUCCUUUGGAAUAUUCACAAAAGCCGGACCAACCAGAAAGCAGAUGGAGGGGUCAUCCUUCCAGUUGUCCUUCUAUGGCGAGGGUUACACAGACGGUCAGGACCCCGCGCAGGGAAAACCUAACGCCAAGAUCCGCACUCGGGUUCAGGGACCAGAGGCCGGAUAUGUGGCCACGCCCAUUGCCAUGGUGCAAGCUGCUCUCACGAUUCUCAACGAACCGGCAGCUAUGCCCAAGAAGGGAGGAGUUUAUACUCCAGGAGCUGCUUUCGCCAAAACCACCCUCAUCAACCGCCUCAACAAACAUGGCAUCCAGUUCUCUGUCGUCUAACACUGACAUUUUUGUGAGCAUUUACUAACACGCAAAACUAUAACUGGGAAACUUUAAGCUUAGAAAUAUACUUUAUUUUGAUUAAAACACUCUUCAAGCUUCAAAUUUUGAUUUUGGUGAUGUGUUCCACUUUUAAUCCUUUGCUGCAGCCAGAACCUCCUCAGAUUUCCCUUCAGUACUUCGAAGGUUUUCCUUGGAAACCGAGCACAAUUGUUGCUGUGUUUUCUUGUCAAGGGCAGUAAAAGAAAUGUUAAGUUUUGCAUGGUUUUCCACUGACAUGAUUACUGAUAAUAGAAGUAUUCAGGACAAUUUUGUUCAGUUCAUGCCUCUGGACACGGAUAAUAAAGAGAAAACUAAUAUUUUAUGUAUACGGUCACACAAAUAAUAAAAAGCAUUUAACAGAUUGUCAAAGCAUGAACAGGUUUCCUGAAUGUUGCACAGCUGUUUUUGACCAAAGCCCAUCAAAUUUUUCCACAAAACAUGUUAAAGCUCCUCUACCUUCCAGUUUUUGCUCGUAGUUUUUGAUCUAUAUGUACAAAUAGAGGACUGAGGUAGAAGUAGAUGAUUACAGUUUAAAAGAUUAACAUGUUGAUUGCUUUUUUCUUUCUAAUUUCUUUGGUCUGAAGCCAUUAGAUGAGGGCAGAAGCUGCAACAUUUGCAUUUAUUCAUGUGAUAUUUCUUUAAAGUCAUGAGUGGCAUGUCUAAAUUACCUGUUAUCGCUUCAACAAACAGCAUGACGCUUGAUGAAACUAAACUUUCUACGGUGUUUAGUUUGAUAAAUAUUGCUCUGUACAUGCAAAUUAGGGUCAGAGCAAUUCUAUUCAGACCUCUCUGAGCAUUUUGUGCAUUGUUCAGGCUUUAUUUUGUGUCACUGUUUGCUUCAUAAAUAAAGAUGUUUCCACCAAAA